AAAUUUUCGAAACCCCAACUACACAACAACCCCAAAUCCAAUUUCCGAAGAAUCGCAAAGCUAAACCCCCCCAAUCACGCCACCAUACUCUGAAUCUUCACCGUCAUCAUUGCACCAGCGCACACGAUUCUCCUCCUAGGGUUUUCUUUCUCCUCGCGAUCGGAAAAAAAUGGCGGAUAAUGGUGGUGGUCAGGGUUUGAGGAAGCCGGUGUUCGUUAAGGUGGAGAGCUUGAAGCCCGGCACCAACGGCCACACGCUGGUGGUUAAGGUUGUCAACUCCAACACGGUGCUGCAGAAGGGCGCAGCAGCGUCUCCACACCUCCGCAACACCCGCAUUGCUGAGUGCCUCGUUGGCGAUGAUACAGCUUCCAUCCUAUUCACUGCACGUAACGAACAAGUUGAUCUGUUGAAGCCUGGAACUACUGCUGUCCUGCGAAAUGCAAAGAUCGACAUGUUCAAGGGAUCCAUGAGGCUGGCUGUCGACAAAUGGGGCCGCAUUGAGGUCACUGAACCUGCUACAUUUGAAGUCAAGGAAGAUAACAAUCUCUCACUCGUUGAGUACGAACUCGUGAAUGUUGUGGAUGAGUGAAGGGAAUCUUUUGCCAAUAUGAAAAUAUGGAAUCUAUUAUUCUAAGUAAAAUUAUGCGUAGUUAUGCUUUCACCUGUCAAUUUUUGCUAUGGUUUUCUUUUUCGGAUAGAGUACCCUGGAAGUAGUGCUGUUGGAACAAACUGUAGGAGGGGUCUUUUCUUUUGAUCACCGAUGGCUACUGGUGUUUAUAUAUUUGGCAGGGAAAGCUUUAUAGUCUGUGAGGUACGACGGUAUGUAUAAAGUUAUAUCAUGUCCAGUAUUAAUGAUAGAGAUCCUCUUAGGAGGAGGGCAACCUUAGUUAGCAUU